AUGGAACCAAUGUUACUUGGGUCACCGUCUUCUCCGACAUCUUCGCCGGCUUCCACCACAUUGCCAAGCUUUCUUUUCGGCGAUUUGCCGACGGUCGCUCCUAUUCCGACGUCAGUGACGCGAAGCCGUCCCGCGGACUCGCCAAGCUCAAAACAUCAAGAACACCCGUCUUUUAUUGCAAGGCGUGUGAAUUCGAUGAGUCCAAGAGAGCAGCGGAAGGUUGGGGCACCGCCAGUGAUUGAUCUGGAGGAGUCUUUAUCAUCACCCUAUGCUGUGGCGAAAAGGCGAUUAGAAUAUACCCAGCAAUUGGAUGAUCAUUCGGGGCUCGACAGUUCUGUCAACUUCUUCAAUAUACGGUACCGUGGAGCUACGCCUCUUAGCAAUGGUUUGUCCAAUGGAUCAACAAAUUUAGGAUCUCCUAUACUUCGACCUGGUCCGAUUGCGAGAAGUCGAAUGAACGCAGAUACUGAAGAUGAGGGACGUUGGGUUACCGUCUUUGGUUUGCCUGAUAAUCCUUCAAACGUCCUUCUGUACUUUUUGUCUCUGGGAAAAGUCCUGGAACAUCGAGCACCCAAAGGAGGUUCAAAUUGGAUGAACAUCAAGUAUGCUAAUGCUAGUGCCGCUGAGCGCGCUGUCGCCCUCAAUGGUGAACUAGUAGCUGGUUCUAUGGUUGGUGUGAAGUUCUCAAAUGACGCUGCUCUCAAAGAAGCAUCUCUAGUUACAAGCAAUGGAUCGAAGUACGCUGCCGUCGAACCGUCUCGCUUCAACAAAACUGCUACGAAUGGAAUUCGAGAUGCAGCGAAGCCUGUAGCCAAUUUUCAAAUCUCAGGGACUGGCAGUGAACCGCGUGGUUCAAUUUCCACGUCUUCAUCUUUGUUUUCCACUUUGGGGAUUGUUAUUUUGAGUGCGCGGGAUGAAGAUGCGCAGGGCGGGUUGGGGAGGGAGGGAGAAAUUCUGUUGAUCCGAAUCUCCACUCCUGCAAAUCCUAUUUCAAAAGUUUUCCGGUUCCUGUUUAUGUUUCGCGCAUUGGAUGGAGACAUGUCCCGAGUUACUUGGGAUGCUGGAGAAAUGUUGAGAGUGAGAGUUUGGGACCUGAUGAUCCUGAUUCCGAAUUGCCUUUUUUUGAUCUUCCUGAUGGUAACUUUUCCUCGUGCAAAACUCAUGCUCAGAGCGACAAGUUCUCCUAUUUUCUUCGCUUUUUAUGUGCUAGUCGUCGUAAAUGUUUUUGUGAGCAUAGUCCGAUGCGUGGUCUCUAUGAGUGUGAAUGCUGCUGAAGUUUUAUGGGACGAUGUUGACAAGGUUUUGUGGAUUCUCCUACGUUUUUUCCUGCUCUCCACGGAGUUAUCCGUCAUCACAUUUGGACUGGCUUUUGCAAAACGUUCUUUCUACGGAUACGUUCUGAGCUUGGCUAUGCUCAACUUGUGCCAGAGCUUGGGUUCACUGUUCGUACUUUCCUCAAGCGUUUUUGUCUUGGAAACUGCCGGACUGUGUGUGGUGGAUAUCACGACGUACUUGUAUUUCAUCCUUCUUACGCCGUUGGUGUAUCGCACUUUCCUGAAGGAUAUUUUUGCAAUGUUCGAUGUUAUCGCAUCAUCUCAUCCUAGGUCACCACAACCGGGAAUCAUGUUUUCUUAUAAGCCGUACUUGGAUGAUCAUGCGUCUGAUUUGGAAAGUCAUGCCUCAGUCCACAUGCCGCAUUCAUUUUCUACGUUGAGCAGCAGUGUGAGAUCCCCUUCGAUUGAUGUGCCUGAUGCUGAAGUUAUGAACUGGCCUGAUCAAACCCAGAUGAAUCAGAUGCAAACUCCAGGAAGUAUUAAUCCUUUGUAUGGAGCUCAGUCGACUAAUGUGAGGAUUAAUCCGGGACCUUUUGUUGGGGCGUCUUUGUUUGCGUCGGUCGGGAGCAGUGUUGCGUGCCGCAUUAUGUUUGCAAAUAAAAAAAAGAAAAAGCUUUUCUGUGACAAGGAAGAGGCAGACCCUUCGUCUGAAUUUCAAAUCAACGAAGAUUAUGCCGGGAAGUACGACUCGUGGCGCAAAGCGGAAGAAAAGCAGAAAUUACUUGCCCGUUACGGAGACACCAAUGUCGGGAGAAAGAAAUCCGGAGAAUUGGACGAUGCUGUCGACGAUUUUGAAGAUUCUGACGAAUCUGAGUCAGAGCAGGAAGAAUACGACGAGCCAGAAGCGGACAAAGCGUUUUUGAGAGCUCUAUCAGCACUGAAAUCGAAAGACCCUCGUAUAUAUGAUGCGAAUGUGAAAUUUGUCGCUGAACCAGGACCCUCUGAUACUGACAAUACAACGAAGCAGAAAACGAAGAAGCCCAUGUUUUUGAAGGACUACGAGCGACAUAUAAUAACUGAAAAGGGUGGCCAUUACUCAGAUGAAGAUGAGGAAGACGACGAAGACGCCAAGUUCAAGAGGUUCGAAGCGAAGCGAGGCAAAACGUACGUGGAGGAACAAGCCCAGCUGAAAAAAGGUCUCCAGAAGUUUGUUGAAGAUUCCGACGAGGACGAGGAAGGGUCCCUCUUGAAAGUUCGCGAGAAAACAAAGCAAGAGAAAGAGGAAGAGGACGCAGACUACCGAAGAUGGUUGAAAGAUAAUGUAGACGUGGAGCUAGAAGAUGAAAGUCUUGCCAAGGAUUUAUCAGGUCUCAGAAAUUAUUGGUCGAGAAACGAUAUUCCUGAGGACGAGAAAUUUCUCAAGGACUACAUCCUGAACCAGAGAUAUAAAGAUGCUGACGAUGAUGAUGCGGAAUUUCCGACCUACGAAGAAAUCGUAAACGAUCCAGUUUCACUUUCCGACGAUGAAGAACAGAUCGAAGGCAUGACGAAGUUCGAACGAAAGUUCAACUUCAGGUUCGAAGAGCCGGAUGAAGAUUUUAUCAAAAGUUAUCCGCGAACUGUGGGUAAUACAGUUCGUAAGAAAGACACUCGUAGGCGCGAUAAACGCGAGGAAGUGAAGUCAAGAAAAGAACGAGAAAAGGCGGAGAAACGAGAAGAACUAAAUCGACUCAAGGAAUUGAAAAGGGAAGAAAUAAUGGAACGUCUUUCCAAGAUCAAGGAAGUCUCUGGGAAUGACCAACUCGCCCUCGAAGAUCAGUAUCUUGAGGAAGAUUUUGAUCCUGAUGAACACGACAGACAAAUGGCAAAUGCGUAUGGUGACGAUUAUUACAAACAUGAAGGAGAUGUUGUGGGCGAUGAAGACGACGACGAUGAUGAUAAACCUGUGUUUGAGUACGAUGAAGAAAUCGAUGGUGAUAUUCCGGAUUGGGAUAAGUGGGAUCCGAAGAAUGACGAUAGCACAAAUGGAACUGCGGAUGCCACCGAACAGGAUGAAAAAACCAAUCGAAAAAAAAAGUCCAAAGUUUCUUCCGAAGAGCACCAUUACGAGACUAAUUACGGUAUACUCAUUUCUAAGGGUUCCGAAAAUUUCAUCAUGGAUUGUGACUAUGACCCAACUUCAGAGGCUCAUCAAGCAGCGUUGAAAGCAAACAGAAAAAAGGGAAAGAGAAAGAAGAAAUCUCUGUUCUCAAAAGCUGUGGAAAGACCGAAGCCAAUGUUUGAUCCAGUCGAGAUGCAGUUCGAAGAAUAUUUUGAUGAAUAUUAUCAAUUGGAUUUUGAAGAUUUGAUUGGUGAUUUGCCAACGAGAUUCAAGUAUCGGAAAGUGGUUCCGAAUGAUUUUGGAUUAUCAACAGAAGAAAUUUUAACGGCUGAAGACAAGGAGCUGAAUCGAUGGUCGUCUUUGAAGAAAUCGCUUCAAUAUCGUCGUGAUGAAGAGGAGAGAUUCGAUUUGAACGCGUACCGUAGUCGAGCCGAAAACGUGAAACUCAAACAAAAACUAUUGCCGUCUCUAUUUGAACAUCCUGAACCAGCUGAGAAACCAGGAUCGUCAAAAAAGAAUAAGAAAAAAGAAUCGAAUUCAGUGUCAGGUGAAGAAGACAUGAGCAAUGUCGAAACUGCAACAGAAUCCGUUUCGAAGAAGAAAAAGAAGAAACGUAAAUCUCACGUGGAAGAGACGUAUCAUGAAGAUGAUGACGUCAAAAUUCCGUCAGAAAGUCAAGAGCUUGAGGAACCGGAAGUGCCAUCAUUUAGUAAUGAAGUGUCUCCGAAGAAAAUUAAAAAGAAAAAGAAGAAGACCCAGGAAUCCCACGAAGAAAAUGCAAAUUUUGACAAACCUGGUCCUUCAUCUGCGAAGUCUGAUGAGAAAGGAAGCAAAAAACGACCGAAUUACAAUAUUGACAAGCGCGAUUCAAGUGCUCCCAAGAAACGGAAAAGCACGCACGGUGUUCCUACCAAAUUUGAAAAGCCUGGUUUCAAAGCGAAGGCUCCAUUAGUCAACACUCACCCAUCAAUUUCUGAUGACCGAUUAAAGGCAUUUGGACUUAAUCCGAGAAAAAUUCGCGAUAAGUUCAAAUAUGGUUUGAAAGCGGAUGCUUGA